AUGUCCGGAGCAGUUGUUGAUGUGAUUCAGAGAAUAUCAGUCUCCAUAUGCUCUUUAGUAACUAAGAAACUUGAGGUAAAUAGUGGAGAAUUGCCAUCUUCAGACAGCUCAAUUAAGGAAGAUCUAUCAAACUUGACUAUACGCCUUUUCCUUUAUAUCAAAGAGAGUCAUGGGAUCGAGAAGGCUUUUCAAUUUCUCAGCAAUAUAAGUGGACAGAAAAAAAACCUGCGAAUUGUUGCAAAUCUAACAGUAGAACGGGAUGGUGAACUUAAAAAGGCUGCACUAAAUUGUUUUGCCUCUGGUUAUAAGAUUCUUGGUGUUCUUUAA